UACAGUUGUUUACUUUUCACAGACAUUAACGUUUCUCGACGCAUCUAGAACGCACAGAUUUAAUGACCACAAAUGAAUUAAAAAACCGCCAAAAGUGCCUUUAUCGAAUGUGAUUGUGAAUAAGUGAAGGGAUUUUUAUGCACGCAGAAAAAAGGCAUAAGAUGACUCGAGGUCUAUCCACGCUAGCAGUGGAACUCUUCGAUGCAGGCGCAGUAAGACUUGGUGAUAUAGAGGCGAAGCUGGGUCGACACACUCCUAUAUACUUCGACUUAAGAGUCAUCGUUUCUCAUCCUAGAAUGAUGAACGCGGUAUCCCAACAACUCCUCACUUUAGCAUCAAAUAUUGAACACGACAUCUUGUGUGGCGUGCCGUACGCUGCACUACCCUUUGCCGCCGUCAUGUCAGUCACAGGAAACACACCAAUGAUAAUGAAGAGAAAAGAAACAAAACUGUAUGCGACCAAAAAGAUUAUAGAGGGCGUUUAUAACAGACACCAGAAAUGCCUCGUGGUUGAAGAUGUAGUGACCUCUGGCGGGAGUUUACUUGAAACAGUGUCAACGCUACGCAACGAAGGUUUGAGCGUAGAUCACGCUGUGGUAGUGCUGGACCGAGAACAAGGUGGCGCCAGUGUUCUGAAGGCGAAUGGAGUUAAUGUCCAUGCACUUUUCACUAUGACAGAUCUUGUAACAAUUUUGAGAAACGCCGAGAGAAUUAACGACGAAACUGUUGAAAUUGUUUCCGACCAUAUUAAAGAGUGUCAAUUUGGAUUAAAAGAACCAUUGCAAAGAAUAACCGGAGAUGAAAACGGCCCGUAAAAUAUUGAUUGAUGAUUCAAGAAGACUCGUAUCACAAUCAUAUUUCUUACGUUACGUUUGAUAAAAAAUAUUUUA